UCCGGAAUUUUAUUACUUCCGUUGUCAGCCAUUUUAUAAGACGCUUCUUCUUUGGUAUUCGCGUAUGUUUGCUUCUAUUUUCGGUCGAAGACUCGUUUUGUAACCUCGGAAUUUAAAGAAGAUUAUCUAGGAUUUUCUUCGUGGAUUAUUACAUCUAAAUAAUUUCCAAAAUGAUCAAAGUAGAAGAAAUACAAAUACCAAACACUGAUGAAAGAGAUCGAAGUAGAGAACGAGAUCGGAUGAGAAGAUCGGAUAGACAAAACCGUAUGAAUUCUACCAGCCGUGAUAGGAGUAGAGAAAGAAAUGACCGUGUUGGUAGAAAAGCAUCGGACACUAGGAUUUAUGUGUCCAAUAUACCAUAUGACUUUCGAUGGCAGGACUUGAAGGAUUUGUUUAGGACACAUGUUGGGAAGGUUGCACAUGUUGAACUUUUUACUGAUGAAAAUGAUAAACCUCGCGGUUGUGGUAUUGUAGAAUUUGAAGAUGCAGAAUCUGUUAAGGUUGCAGUUGAGAAAAUGCAUCGUUUUGAUACAAAAGGAAGAAAAUUAGUCGUUAAAGAGGACUUUGAUGUUGAGCGUGAUAAAUAUGGUCGUUUAGCAACAGCACGUAAUAAUGAUAGACCAAGAGAUGAUAGGUUUAGGGAUCCCCCUCGGCAACCAGGAGUUGGUAGACAAAACAUGCCUGCACCUAGUGGAGGUGGUGGAGUUGGAGGAGGUGGUGUUGGUGGCGGUGGCGGUGGCGGCGGUGGUGGCGGUGGUGGAGGUGAUAGCAAAUUUGGAAACACUUUUGGUCUAAGUACACAAUUUUUAGAAUCUUUAGGCAUCAAUGGACCUUUGGUUACCAGAGUUUUUGUAGCAAAUUUGGAUUAUAAAGUUGAUGAAAAGAAAUUAUUGGAAGUAUUUAAAUUAGCUGGAAAAGUUUUGCACGUUGAGUUGGGUAAAGACAAGGACGGAAAAUCUCGCGGUUUUGGAGUUGUAGAAUAUGACCAUCCUGUAGAAUCUGUACAGGCUAUUUCAAUGUUACACAAUCAACAACUUUAUGAUAGACGAAUGACAGUAAGACUCGACAGAGCUAAUGAACCAGAUAUGCCACCAAAAUUACCAGAAGGUUUAAAGGGCAUUGGAAUGGGAUUGGGAGCUGGAGGAAACAGGUUGAUGGAUGUAGCUCGAAACAUUCCUAGUGUACAAGCCAACAAUCCACCAGUCGUAAAUCCAAUUUCUGCUCCUGUUUUGGCUGCUGGGGCUUUCGGUGCUGGAUUAAAUAAUGUCGUGCCUGCCCAAUUAGCAUCUGCUUUGUCCAAUUCAAAUGCUGCAGCCAUUCAAGCAAGUCUUGCCGGUGGAUUAGGUGCAAAUCUUACUACAAGUUCUUUAUUGAAUUCUUCAUUAACGAAUGAUCUGGCAUCUAAUUUGAACAACUUUGGUGGAGGAGUUGGAGGUUUGUCAGGUUUGCAAGCAUCUUUAGCUGGUGGACAAGGAAACAAUUCUUUUGCGCCAAGAGGCAUGUCUAAAUUGGACAACGACAUAGGAUUCGGUGGUAACAAUGCUUUCGGAACUGCAUCAUUCGGUGGUGGCAGAGACUUUGAUGGAGGUUUCAACAGAGGGGACGGCGAUCGUAUUUCUGGAGGAGGUGGUGCUUUCUCAGGUAAUCAAGGACAAGGUGGCGGAGGUAAUCGACAAAAUGCUAAUGGAUCUCGACCAAUGUCAGAUACAAUUCUCAUAGGAAACUUACCACCAAACACUACGUGGCAGAUGUUGCGAGAUAAAUUCCAAGAUGUUGGCGAGGUGAAGUUUGCAGAAAUGAGAGGUACGGAUAUGGGAAUGGUACGAUUUGUAUCAGAAUGGGACGCGGAGCGAGCAGUGUCGAUGAUGAAUCGAUCGAGAAUUGACGGGAGGACAAUCGACGUACGCUUAUACUAACGAUAGAAUGACUUGGAGAGUGGAUUAAAGCUAGAGGAGACUGGGGUUUGCUAUGUCGUCAACAGCAUUGUUCCGUUCCCGAUGACAAUACUUGAAAUUCAUCGUAGUUAUCUGGCAGAGAACGUAGGACAGUGAAUGGUGAUAAGAGAAGUUUUUGUCGUUGGAAAAGAGAGAGA